AUGGCAACUCAAAUUUCUAAUAAUAAUAGCAUCAGUAGUAAUAUGAACAAUUUUGAACGCGUAUUACCUACUAUGCCAGUAAUUGUUAAAUCGUCUAAAAUUUCAGCAACAGCGGAAACAUCGUCAACCUCUUCACCUCCAGCUUUUUCAACUUCAUUUCCCACUACUGAUUCUACUGAUAUUAUAACACCUACAACAAGGACAACUACUAGUACUGCAAUUUCACCAACUAUUAAAAGUAUUAGCAAUAAUAAUAAUAAAAGAAAGAAUGUAAACAAUCCACGAGAAAAAGGCAAUGAAGAUGAUGGUGGCAAACCUAUCAAAAAAAUAAAGAGAGUUAAAGAUCCCAAUGCGCCAAAAAGACCAGCUAAUGCAUAUAUACAAUUUGUCAAGGCAAAAAGGGAAGAAAUUAAAAACAAAAAGAAACAAGAAGAUACAAUUAAACUGCCAACCAAUGAAUACGAAUUACAAGAUGACACUAGUAAAUCAAUAAAACACCUUAUUAAGAAUGCUCAACCUGCACAAACAACUGACGAGCUUCUUCUUGCUCA